CAAUGAAGCAUUUUCUUCACAAUCACAAAGAGCUCUCUCUCUCUCUCUCUCAAACUCUUCCUCUUAAUUUUUGCAGCUUCAUUGUUAAAGCUUUGAGCUUUGUUGAUUUUUGCGCAUCUAACUCAUUUAGUACGGUAACAGUUAUUCAUCUGUUAAUCAAUGUUGGUCUCUAACCAUUAUUUUUUUAAAAUUUUGAUCAGAAACAAGUGAAAUCAUUUCAUUUCUAAUUCUCAAAGCUAGUUUACAUCUGACAUAACCUCAGAAUAUAUCAUAUGUGGAGUUUCCUCCAUCAUAUAUCGUUAACAACUUUUCACUUUGGAAAUUAUGAAAAAUUUUGUGGCCUAGAGUUAUUGAUAUUUCUAUAGAUAUAUUUGAGCUAUUGCACAGUCUUUCUUACGUUUUUUUAAAUUUUUUUUUUUUUUUUUUGAGAAACCACACCAGGAAGAGGGGGAGUCUUUCUUACUUUUAUAGUAAGAUCAAUAUAAGAUUUCCGAAUCAACAAGGGAAAAAAUAAUUUAUUACCUGAUUGGCACGAUUUAGAAUGGGGCCAAAUCAUUAUUUAUCUGCAAAGUUCCUAAAAAUCUGAGCUAUAACUUCUUUCAAAAUCAACACAAAAAAAAAAAAAAACCCUCUUUAUCCAUAAUUCCAAUUCCAAAUGCAGAGGUUAAUGAACUAGCGAUUCUAUUCAGAAAAAAACAAGAAGAAAAAAGUAGCGAUUCUUUUCAAUCAUAAUUGCAAUAUGAGAUAUAUAUGUGGGUUAUCUGUACAUCACGUGAAGUCUAAAGAGAGGAGUACUACUGAUUGUACUAAAUGCUGAAUUGUUUUGUGCUAUACAUGCAAGACUGCAAUAGGACGGGAUUAAAAAGGCUAGAAGUGCUGAAAUUUCACCGAUUUAGAACGCAUGAAAUUUCACAGAUUUAGAACACCUCGGGUCAUCAUGAAUCAUGGUUUAGGGUUUGAAGACUGUACUCGGCUACACUUACCAAAAUCAAAAUCAGAUUUUCCAUACUCCUCCAUACUCGGCUUAGACUCAAGUUUCUUAACUCCACCGGGUUGCUGGUUGCUGUUGCCACCGCCUAACACCCCACCUGACGCCGCCGCCUCACAUUGUUUCCACAUUGCACCAUGGGUCUUCUCAGCCUCUCAGACUCGGCUUCCUAGUCUCAGAUCAGGGUCGUUCUUUCAGGCUUUCAAUCAGCAGCUACACUUCAAUAACCGAGUGGCUCUUGUCUUUGUUAAGGAAGAGAACUUAGAGAUGGAACAAUCAGCUAGUAGGGAAAUUCAACUAGCAACUGCUUCAACAAAUAAUGAAGAUCAAAAUGCUCAAAAGGAAGCAGACAUUUCAGGUGGAAAUGAAAAUAAAAAUGAUGACUUGGUAAUUGAAAUUAGCAAAAUAGUCAAAAGGACGGAAAUUCAGUUAUUAGAAGAGUGUUGUAUCUACAAACUUCCACGCUACCUUCGUAAAUGGAAUGAAGAAGCCUACCCUCCUCAGGUUAUUUCAAUUGGCCCGUAUCACCACGAAAACCAAAGAUUGAAAGCCAUGGAAGAGCAUAAAGAGAGGUACUUCAGGAGUUUCAUGAAACGGAGCGAGAGAAGCUUGGAGUAUUUAGUAGGCACGGUGAGGGAAAUGGAAGAACGCAUUCGCAGGUGUUAUGAAGAGACUAUUGAUCUUACCAGUGAUAGCUUUGUGAAAAUGAUAUUGCUGGAUGCGUGCUUCAUUCUUGAGCUUUUAUUCCGACGUAGUUCAUUACGUUUGACAAGUCAUGACGAUUCUAUGGUUGUGGAACCAAGGGCUGCUGCUGUGAAGGUUGACUUGCUAUUAUUUGAAAAUCAGCUUCCAUUCUUUGUUAUGAAGGAACUACAGCACCAUGCAUUUCCGUCUCUCUCCGAUGCAUUCUUUUUUAAGAAUAUUUUUUCCUACUUUGACGUGUUCACCGACAUUCAAUAUAGGCAGCCCAAGCCCAAUGCGGAAAUUGCACACUUCACCGAUCUUCUUAGAACCUUCAUGUUACCCUCACCCGAGGAGUUACCCGCAAGAAUCACUGAACAUCCGAAGCUUUUGUACUCAGCAACACAACUCCACAAGGCAGGAGUAAAGUUCCGGCUUGGUAAAAGUGAACGCUCUUUUGAAAUAAAAUUUGAAGAUGGUGUGUUGGAAAUCCCAAAAUUAGAAAUAGAGGGUGUGACGGAAGUUGUUAUCCGAAACGUUAUGGCAUUAGAACAAACUUGCUAUAUAGGAAGUGCGUACUUUACUGAUUACUUCAUCUUCAUGGAUUUUCUUAUCAAUUCCAGAAAAGAUGUGGAUUUACUUACCAAAAAAAAAUCUUGGUCAAUUACCUAGGUGACAACAAUGCAGUAAUGUCCAUGAUUAACAAUCUCAACAAAGGAAUCGUAUCCGAAACGGUGAGAGAUGAUUACCGUAACCUCUAUGAAGAAUUGAAUAGGUUCUAUGAGAAAUCUUGGCACCGCUGGGAGAAAACAUUGAAAAGUGAAUAUUUUAGCACCCCUUGGAGGUUCGCUUCAACAGUGGCUGCAAUUGUUCUUCUGCUGCUCGCUUUUAUGCAAACAGCAAGUUCUAUGAUUGAUCUUCUAUCUUCACGAAGUAACAUGGAUUCAAAGACUUAAUAAUUAUGAUGGUUGUUUCCCUGUUCGUUGGAAUUGACGUCGCCUAUGUAAAAUACGCAAAUUAUAUAUUUUGUUCUAUGUUAUUAUUUCUAAUGUAAUUGAUCUUGCCGA